UCUUGCGGUUCCAGUUUCCGGAAGAUCAUUGUAGCCUUCCUAAAAGAAAGAAAAUGGAAUCCUGAAAUCGCACUUAGCUCAUCAGUCAAGCGUUUUUGAGAGACUGUUAGAAGAACAAUUUGAAAGUACGAUUACAUUGCUACUAACAUCACCGAACAGCAGCUGGAUCUUGCUGAAGAUCGGACAGCAUCCCUCAACCUCCCUGCCUUCUGAAUCGAUGGAGGGGUCUGACAGUUCUGAGCAGAGUGGCAGUGACCAGCCAGAGUCACAGCGCAGAAGGCAGCUGGACCGCCUGGACAGGGAGGAGGCCUUUUACCAGUUUGUCAACAAUCUGAGUGAUGAGGACUAUCGUCUCAUGAGAGACAACAAUCUUUUGGGCACUCCAGGAGAAGUAACGGAGGAUGAGCUGUUUAGCAGACUUCAGCAAAUCAAGGAUGGUCCAGAACAGCAGAAUAACAGUACUAGUGCCCCCAGUACUGAAAAUGGAGAAGAUCCAGUUGAACCACCAGAAAACCCUGAGGAUCCUGCCAAUGGGGAUAGUCUCUUAGACUGGCUGAACACAGUGAGGCGCACAGGCAACACUACCAGAACUGGUCAUCGCGGAAACCAGUCAUGGCGGGCCGUAAGCCAGACCAACCCAAACAGUGGGGAUUUUCGCUUCAGCCUCGAAAUCAGUGUGAAUCGGAACCUGGCUGAACAGCAGGCAGCUGCUGAAGGGGAGCAGGAGCCUCCACAGGAGUCUUCCCAGGAAUCUCCAGAGGGUCAAGAAGUGGUGGCAAAUGCUGAACCGCAGGUGCCUAUGGAGACAGAAGUGGUGGAGGAACCAGUAGUAGAGGAAUUGGCUGUCAUAGUGGAGCCAGAGCCUGAGCCAGUGCCUGAGCCUGUGCUUGAGCCUGAGCCUGAGCCUGAGCCAGAGCCUGUGCCUGAGCCGGAGCCUGAACUAGAAGAAGUUGUUUCACAAGAGAUUUUAGGAGAACGUCCCAGCUCACCUGCUGCCCUGCCUGUACAACCCCCACUUUCUCCUUCUCCACGUAGAGGACAAAGGAGAGCCCGCAGCCGUAGUCCAGAGCCACGCAGGACUAGGGCCCGUACAGCCAGGAGCCGUUCCCCUCUCAAUCUGGAUCAGCUGGAUGGUCUCCCUAAUUCACGUCAUGCUCACUCCUCUCAAGGCAUCAGCUCUUCCACCAGUGUCUCCCCUGUGCCUCAGGUGGAGGGCAGCUCUCGGACUCGACAACAUGUUCUUUCUAGGCAAAGCACUGCUGACAGUGAUGUUCAGCCAUCUAGAGCUGGCGAAGAAAUGGUCCCUGAGGCCCAAAAUGUAGGAUCUCAGGAAGGAGAAGCUCCUGGGGGUGAAGGGGGUGCAGCAGGGCGCCGUCCCCCUACUAUUAUGCUUGAUCUCCAGGUGCGUCGUGUGCGUCCAGGCGAAUAUCGCCAAAGAGACAGCAUUGCUAGUCGCACCCGUUCACGCUCCCAGAACUCAAACAACACAUUUCUUUACGAAAGUGAGCGUGGUGGAUUUCGUAGGACUUUCUCACGCUCUGAGCGUGCUGGUGUGAGGACCUACGUCAGCACUAUUCGCAUACCUAUCCGAAGAAUCUCCGAUGCAGGUUUGGGAGAGGCAACCUCAAUGGCUCUCCAGUCUAUGAUUAGGCAGAUUAUGACUGGUUUUGGUGAACUCGGCUACCUCAUGGAUUCAGAUUCUGAUUCUUCAGAUUCAAACCGCGGAGCCAACACACCUGCGGAUCUGGCUGAAGCCCUCAAUAACCCAGAUGCUCCUCCUGCUGCUGCUCCUAUUGCUGAUGUUGAUGAACCACCUGUGGCUGCUGGAGUCAGAGCAAGGACAGCUGAGACUGAUAUUGAUGAGGGCCUUGCCGCUGCUCCACCUGCCUCUGGUGGCAGGGCCCGACCUAGACCACCUAUCAGCCUAGAGGAGCCCAGCUCACUGCCCUUCCUUCGGCUUGCCCAUUUCUUCCUCCUAAAUGACGACGACGAGGACCAGCCCCAAGGGUUGACCAAAGAGCAGAUUGACAACCUCUCAAUGCGCAACUUUGGUGAGAGUGAUGCCUUGAAGACUUGCAGUGUCUGCAUAACAGAAUAUGCAGAAGGUAACAAGCUACGUAAGCUGCCCUGCUCACAUGAGUACCACGUGCACUGCAUUGAUCGCUGGCUAUCGGAAAACUCCACUUGCCCCAUCUGCCGCAGGGCUGUCUUGGUAUCAGCCAACCGAGAGAGUGUGGUGUAGCUUAUAAAAGACUGAGGACAUUUUGUUUCAAACUAAGUAAUCUUAAUAUCUCAGGCCCAUAAGAGGCUUUGAGGAAAUGUGUCUCCACUGUUGAAAUGUAUUUCCUUCAUACCAUUUGUGAGUUUGAUCAUAAAGCAGUCACAGGUUUGAUUUGGGGUGCUCUAUAACAGUGACAUCGGGACAUACUCAGUCUCUAGUAAGACAUUUAUUAUGGCAGUCCAAAGUUAGGCACAAGCAAUGCAUGUUGUUUGAAUCAACCUGUAGUGACCAAGCAGUUUGUUGCAUUGCGUCAAGCCAUGCACACAAGCAGGCCGGUAUCUCUUAAAGAAUCCCCUGGUUAUAAAUGCUGCACACCUGCAGGUAGUUCAGACACAUCUGCUCUUUUGUAUUAGCUCCUAAAUGGCGCUUUAUAUACCAGAAGUUGGGUAUUGGUACAGUUCUUAGUUAAACCAGUUCAAAGUAUUAGCUGUAAAUAAGCUUGUAAAAAUAAUUUUAAAUCAUACUUUGUAUCAGUGAAUUGGUUUUGGAUUGUAAAUUAUCUCAUAAGAAGAUUAGGGUCAUUUUUGCCACAGCUACUCUCUACCAGAGCAUCCCUAAAUUUGCUGUUAAAGAAAUAGGUGGUUUCAGUGUACACAGCAGAAUUAUUAAGAGAUUGAGAUGUCCAGAGGAUGUAGGACAUUAAUUGAUUUGCCAUUUACAGUGUAACUUCUACUCUCUGUUUGGUGCACCUGAAAGAAACAGACUACUGUUGUAGAGUGGCAUAUACCAUGAAAACUCUCAGUGUGCUGAAUUGUUUCACAAAAUAAAAUGUACAGACAGGAAAGAUAAUUCAAACCAGGCUACUUUGGCAAAAUGUGUAUGUUUAUUUUGGAAUCAUAUACUAUCUUAUUUCCUUGAUCAUUAAAAAUUAUUGAAUCGUAUUCAUACCAGAAAUUGGGGAUGUCUCAAUAUUGGUAGUAGAUAUGGGUUUAUAUCAAGUUCUUGGCAUGUGAAUAUCCCCACCUCAAAAAUACUAACAGGCAUGACAUGUCAGAAAAAGAAUAUACUUGCUUUUGACUUUUCCCCCCAAAUGUAAGGGUGUUUAUUUUUUAAUGUACAACAAUGAUUUCUCAAUCAUUUUGUCCUGUCAUCCAUCAGGUCUGAUUUCUUUAUUUUUCCACUCCCACAUUGAGUUGUCUUAAAUUACUGACUGAUGAAUUAAGUUCUCUAAGCUGGUCUUGGCAUAGAUCGAAAUGACCAGAAAUUGUGUUAAAAUAAAAUGUCAACUCAAACCAGAAUAGAGGUCCACCUCAAUGUACAAGUGAGAACUUAAGUUAUUAAUCCAAAGCUUUGAGUAUCAGACAUUAACCAAGUCUGAACAAAGGUCACAUCAUUGUCCUUCUGUCUAAGUAAGGCUCCAGUAGAAGUCAAGAUGCUCACCCACUGUGCCCUUCUGCCCCAUGAGCAGAUGCUCCAUACCAGUGUGCAAUACAUGCUAAUGAAAGUAGGGAAAUACAAACCAAGAUAUAAAUGUAUGCUAUUGUUAAAACUGUUAAUGUUAAUGGCUAAAAUCUUAAAUGAAGACUUAUUACCUUUUUAAAAUGUGUUGAAGUUAUUUUAUUUUAUUUAGUUCUGUAGCUUUUAAUAGCACUGUCGAUGAACAGAAACACUGGCUAAAGGAAGAAAAGGGCAUCACAGUUAAUGCCAUCAUGUCAUGUUUCUUGUUCCACUGUUAGAUGUCCUUGCCACAAUUAUUACUUCCCUUUGUGGGACAUAACAGUUUGAAUGCAAGACAUUGUCAUUGUGAAAUACCAUAAACAUGUAAAUGAAAUGUAUGUUCCCUCUUAGGCCAUUCUUUAGUUUUGGCCUUGUUCUGUGACCCACCCAGUGCAGUAUGUUAACUGGGUGUUAAAUGAAACUAACCGCUGAAUUAAACAAUUGUUAUGCUAAAAAAA